UCUCAGGGGCUGGCUGUACAGUUGGGUUACACCUCUCAUCCCCCCUCUCGGGUCCCUGCAGCCGUGUUUUUUCUCUUCCGCUCUGGGCACCAAAUACUCUCCCACACAUACGUGCACCUUUCUCUUGGCCGGAACCCUUCUGUCCUGGGCUCAGAGGCCAGGAGAGGAGAGGAAAGGCAAGGAGCAGUCCCUGGGAGCAGUGUUUCAGAAGGAGAGAGGAGCUAGAAGUGAGUCAUCACCAUGGCUGGACACUUUACCUUCCUGGUCCUGCUGCAGAUGCUGUGCCUGGCUUUGGCUCAAGUGAACGGUCCACAAGGAUCACAGGGCCCGCCCGGUCCCCCUGGCCCUUCAGGAACCCCUGGAGCCGACGGCAUUGAUGGUGAAAAGGGACCCCCAGGGCCUCCUGGACCAGCAGGUCAAAAGGGGGAACCAGGCGAGCCGGGCACAGACGGGCCUCCUGGGGAGGAUGGAAUUGAUGGGCUGAUUGGAGGAAAAGGUGAAAGGGGUCCCGUUGGACGUCCUGGACCAAAGGGUCAACCAGGGCCUACUGGUCCAACAGGACAAUCUGGACCUGGGCUUCCUGGACUACCUGGAGCACCUGGUGCGAUCGGGCUUCCAGGGCAAAUUGGAACAACUGGACCAAAGGGAGUGAUGGGACCACCUGGACCUCCAGGAUUGCCAGGACCUCCAGGGAAGCCUGGUCCGCCUGGAAAAUUCCUGGGUGGAGAAGAAGGCAGUGCUGACUUGCAGUGCCCAAUCAACUGUCCACCUGGCCCUAAGGGUCCCCAAGGACUGCAGGGAGUCAAGGGACAUAAAGGUCGUGUUGGUGUGCUGGGAGAUCCUGGAAGUAUUGGAAAGACGGGCACCAAGGGAGAUGUUGGAAUCUCUGGUGAGCAAGGAAUACCCGGCCCUCCAGGUCCACAAGGUCUGAGGGGCUACCCAGGAAUGAUUGGGCCAAAAGGAGAGACAGGCCCUCGUGGUUACAAAGGCAUCACUGGUCCCAUCGGCAUUCCUGGAAUCCCUGGUGAGGAAGGACCUCAAGGACCUCCUGGAGAUGCUGGUGAGAAAGGUGAUACGGGAGAACAAGGCAUUAAAGGGCCGCAGGGAGCGGUGGGAAAGAAGGGCGAGAAUGGUCUUCCAGGGAUUGAUGGAAAAGAUGGUACACCUGGCAUCCCAGGAAUAAAGGGUGCUCUGGGUCAGAGCGGCAGACCUGGUCUACCUGGCCAACAGGGGACAGCGGGUUUGCCUGGUAGCCCUGGGACCAAAGGCGGUGUGGGAGAUAAGGGUGAGACAGGACCCAGAGGUUUGAUGGGAAUGUCUGGUGCUCCAGGCCCACAGGGUGAGCCUGGGCCUCCAGGUGAAGCUGGUAUGGAGGGAGUUCCAGGACCAAAGGGUGACAGGGGGGAGAGAGGACCAGUUGGGCCUCAGGGAAUUGUUGGCAAAUCUGGAAGUAAAGGAGAGAGAGGGCCGAUGGGUGUACCAGGACCUCAAGGCCUUCCUGGAAUCAAGGGCGACAAGGGAUUUCAAGGCAAAGUGGGGGCAAAAGGAGAUGUUGGAGAUCCAGGGGUGGAAGGAUUGGCUGGUGAGAAAGGAGAAAAGGGACAGUCUGGUGAACCUGGUCCCAAAGGACAGCAAGGAGUGAGGGGUGACCAAGGACGCAACGGCCCCACAGGUGAUCCGGGUAAACCUGGAGAUAAGGGUCCUCCAGGCCUGCCUGGACCCCGAGGCCUCAGCGGAGUGAGAGGAGUGCCGGGCAUGCCAGGAAUACAGGGACCAGCUGGCCGUGACACCUCAGAUCAGCACAUCAUUGAGGUGGUCUUGAAGAUGCUACAAGAGCGGUUAGCCGCUGUAGCAGUGAGCGCUAAAAGGGCAGCGCUAGGAGGAGCUGGAGUGAUGGGACCACCAGGGCCUCCAGGACCUCCCGGACCCCCAGGGUCUCAGGGACCUCACGGCCUUACUGGCGCCCGUGGCAUCCCUGGCAUGCUUGGGGCUCCAGGCCAAAUUGGGAACACUGGCCUUAAAGGAAAGAGAGGUGCAAAGGGAGAAAGAGGAGAUCCUGGCCGUCCACAUCCAGGCCAGCCUGGGCCCCCUGGCCUUCCAGGUCCUCCUGGUCUGGACGGUGUGGCGCGGGACGGUAAACCAGGAGAGAGGGGGCCGCAGGGUGCUCCGGGUGAGGCGGGUCAUCCUGGAAAAGCCGGAUCUCCUGGCCUUCCUGGCUUCUGUGAAGCAGCGGCAUGCCUGGCAGCCUCAGCCUACACUUCCCCCAGACUACAGGAAGCGGGUAGCGUGAAGGGGCCGUCCACUUAAUGCAGGCCAUUCACUACAGCCUGAGGACAUCUGAGAGAGAGCCAGGAAAAGACAUACGGUCCUAUCUUCCACCGGAUGUCAUCAUGAAAGCAGGUGGAACGGUCCAGAGUGACUGACUUUGCAGUUUAGAGUGUGCGUGUUGUGUGCGUUUGUGUGUGAUUGUGAAAGAUGACGAGACGAUUUGACUACAUCACUUAAAGUGGCGACCAACGUUAAUCGUAAUAGUAAUCUGGGCUAGUUGGGGGUCGAUGGUUUGGCAGUGUUAAUUACUUUGGUGCCAUCCCACCAUGAAGACAGCAAGAUGUGAAAAUAUUUUCAGUAUCAUAGAUGACAUCAGGCCUGGACUAGACAAUCUGUGAUACGCAAGUCCAAUCA